UACUACUACUCACAAAAUCUUUCUUUGUUUCUCAAAGGUAGGAGCUUUGUACAGUUGACAAAAAUAGAGUGCCAAGAGAUAGACUUGAGAGAGCGCUCGGGUACAUGACUCAUCCUUUUUUUUUUAUUUGCUUCUCAAAAGGAGUAGAAUAUACUGAGUAAAUAAAAAACAAUAAAGUAAAUCAUUGAAUAAAACGGAAAAAAUCCCCCAACCGGAGAUGGGGCGGCUCUCCGUCGGCGCACUGGCUGCCUGAUCGGGAAGUUCAUCUCGCCGAUUUCCGACGCCGUUGUCCACAUCUUCAUGAGCACGCGAUUCCGAAAUUUUGAUUUGAAUCGAGGGGGGAGGAAAUGAGAGAGAUGAUUCAUCAUUGGGAAGUCGUCUUUAGCUUGGUGCUUUUGCUAUCUGCUUCUACGACAAAGGCAUCUGAUACGAUAGAUUCUUUUGACCAGUGUGAAAACACUGUCAAGAACUGGGCAUCUUCUUCCCUUGAAUCAGAAAUUAGCAGAGACAAUCAUCAGUUGAGGGACUUGCUAUUUUUCCUUCACAUACCUAGGACAGGAGGAAGGACAUAUUUUCACUGUUUCCUGAAAAAGCUUUAUGCCAACUCUCUGGAGUGUCCACGCUCGUAUGAUAAGUUAAGGUUUGAUCCCAGAAAGGCAAACUGUCGAUUGUUGGCUACCCAUGAUGACUACAGUGUGAUUUCCAGACUUCCUAAGGAUAGAACUUCCGUGGUCACGAUUAUUAGGAAUCCAAUUGACCGUGUUUUUAGUGCUUAUGAAUUUUCAUUGGAAGUAGCUGCUAGGUUCUUGGUGCACCCUAACUUAACAUCUGCCACUAGAAUGUCGGGAAGGGUUCGUUCAACUUCAAAGGGAGUAAGCACCCUAGAUAUCUGGCCGUGGAAGUAUUUGGUUCCUUGGAUGAGAGAAGACUUAUUUGCUCGAAGAGAAGCUAGAACACGUAGAGGCAAAACGAUUAUCAAUGGAAAUGAUCCUUACAAUAUGGAAGAUAUUGUGAUGCCGUUGCACAAAUAUAUCAAUGACCCCAUGGCUUGGGAUAUCAUCCAGAAUGGGGCCACAUUUCAGGUUGCAGGACUCACAAACAAUUCUUAUGUGGCAGUGUCUCAUCACGUGCGCCGUUGUGUCCUGAAGUAUCGGAGUCUGGGUCAGUACGUACUUGAAGUCGCAAAGAAGAGGUUGGAUGGAAUGUUGUAUGUGGGAAUCACUGAGAACCACAAAGAGUCUGCCACCAUGUUUGCAAAUGUAGUUGGUACUCAGGUGAUUUCCCAGCUAACUCCAUCAAGCUUUGUAAAAAGCACUGCAGCAUCUUCCAACAAUUCAGAAAAAAUCAGUCCUUCCGGAGAUUCUGCUUCUGACACAGAGAUGACUGCAGAAAAACUUAUUGAAGCGUAUGAGGGCUGCGUUUCGAGCCUACGCUCAUCUCAGUCACAAAGAAGAGCAAAGUCACUGAUGAGAAUAUCUCCUGCAAAUUUUACAAAAGAGGCUCGCCGUCGGAUUCCAGCACAACUCAUCCAGGAGAUAGCAUCACUAAACAGCCUGGACAUGGAACUCUAUGAGUAUGCACAAGUCAUCUUUGAAAGGCAAAAAAACCAAGUCGGAGUGCGGAGAGCGGAGUUUGGUGCGGAUCACGGAAAACUGGGGAGCGGUUGGGAUGACGUGGCGGCGGCCGCCUCAUGGAGACUCCUUUGUUUUGCAUCCCCUUUUGUGUUGGUGUCACUCUGUCUUUUCAUCUUUGUAAGUGCAAAACGAAGAUCAGUGUCAAAGGUUAAAUUAUGAACAAACGUGACUUUGACUUGAGUCCCUAAUUAAGAAAGAAAGAGAAAACACAUACGUAUUAUACACAUUUGGGGAAUUAGUUCAGACCAUUAUUUUA